AUGUCAUCAGGUAAUAAAAAAAAAGUAGAAAAAAAGAAAACUGAAACUGGCAACAAGCAACAAGGAUCAACUAUGAAAAUUUCAGAAGAUGGUGGUGUUGUAUUUACUUAUGAAAAUAAAUUCAAUAUGGUAAAUGAAAUUUUUGAAGAUAUCGAAAAAACUACCAAAGAAAAUUUAAAAGAAUCAAAAAAAUCUGAAGCUAAAGAAGAAAAAGAAGAUAAAGAUAAAAAAGUAGAAGAGUUUUCUUUUACUGAAAAUGAUAGCAACAGUUUUUCAUUUAAAAAAAUUGAAAAAUCAAAAGAUGGUUUUAGUUACUCUCAAUUUUCUAGCUAUAGUUAUUCUAAAGAAUU